CCCUUCUUCCCUCUCCUCUCCGUUCUCCCGUUCCGCCGGCGGCGGCGGUCGUGCUCCUCCUCGUCGUCCCCACGUCGCCGAUUAGCCCCGUGCCUGCCGGGUUCUAUCUCUAACCACAUCCCACGGUCAAGAAAUUUUUGCCCCUGUUUAAAAGUUAUCAAUUUGGGUGUCCUAUAUGUAUAUGAUCCAGUUCUAAAAAGACUAAGGGCAUGGAUGGGAACAAAGAUGAGGCCUUGAGGUCUGUCAAGCUUGCAGAAACUGCGCUUGCAUCUGGAGAUAAACAACAAGCAGAGAAAUUCAUUCGAAUAGCCCAAAGAUUGGACCCCAGCCUAGCGAUUCAUGACAUAUUGGCCACAACCAAGAACUAUGAUACCCUGAAUGGUGCUGCGUGCCAAUACAAGGCCAGAAGAGGUGAAGUUGGUGAAACCCAAAAUCUGCCUAAAGAAUUUGUUGGUCCUUCUAAUGUUGAUAAGGGUUACACUGAGGAAAAUGUUAGAGUGGUUCGGAAUAUCAGAAAGAACAAGGAUUAUUAUACAAUUCUUGGAGUGGGGAGAAGUUGCUCUGUAGAGGAUAUUAGGAAAGCCUACAGGAAGUUAUCACUGAAAGUUCAUCCUGACAAGAACAAGGCUCCUGGGGCAGAGGAUGCAUUUAAGUUGGUCAGUAAGGCUUUCAAUUGCCUAAGCAAUGAUCAGUCAAGGAGAACUUAUGAUCAAACAGGUGCCAUUGAGGAUCAUCAGUAUUCCAAUGUCACAAGGCAGAGAGCUACAAGGAGACAAAGGCAAGCAAGAAGUAGCUUCUAUGGUUAUGAAGAAGAUUUAGAUCCAGAUGAGAUAUUCAGGUCCUUCUUUUAUGGCACCCAUGGUAAUAUGUUCCAUUCUCAUAAUGCCUAUAGAGCAAGAGGAACAGCUUGGCAGCAACAACAACAACAACAACAGAGAAGGGAACAUCCGAUACAGGGUGGGUCAGGCAUAAACAUAACAAUGUUGGUACACCUUGCAGGGGUUCUGUUUUUCGUCUUGUUUGCUUUCAUUCCAGCAAGGCAUCCUGAGUAUUCCCUUAAAAAGACAAACCAUUUUGCUAUAUCAAAAGUCACUGAAAAGCAUGGGGUAGAGUACUUUGUUAGCAAACGAGAUUUUGACCAGCAGUUUCCAGAAGGAAGUUCUUCUAGAGAUAAUCUUGAGCAGUAUGUUUUUAAAGACUACAAGAGUAUGCUGGGAAGAUUCUGUCAUGUGGAACUCCAAAGGCGCCAAUGGGCUAAGGACUACCCUACACCUCACUGUGACAAACUGCGGAGCCUUCCUGUAACAUAAUUAUUUUGGUCUCUCCUUUUGAAUAUUAGAAGAAUUUCACUCUUCAUUUGCAGGUAUACCGCGGCACAAAUUUUUGGGAAAAUGAUGAGCACUGUGGUUUCUUGCUCUAUAACUCUAUACACUUGAAAGUAGUCCUGCAUACCAUUGCUGCAUUUCAGUUAUGUACACUCCUGCAUGCAGUAAUGAACCACAAGGUUGUCAACUCACCGGUCUGUGUGCUAUUGAUGUCAACCUUGAUACGAGGUGGUCGCUGUAGUAACCAUUUCACACUUGCUUCCAGUUGUCAAACUAAUAUCAACGAAUUUUGUACAGAUAUGUUUACCCUUUUUUUUAACAGAGAGAGAUAGAUAUGUUUACCUUAAAGAUGAUUAAUAAUCUGCUGUUGCUACCGAAAAUACGGCUGAGCGGUGGUUGUGGCCAUCGCUUAAAAUCCCUUGAAGGGCAAAUAAAUGGAAACACGAAAUGCCUGUUAAAUA